AUGUAUUCGGUUACAAUAAUAUUAUUUCUAUGUUUCUUCAUCUUUUCGGAAUCAUUGGGUGGGCUCGUGGUUUUGAGUCACGUCCCUCCGGAUCCACGGAAGAAGUCCAACCCUGUAUCGCAACAUUUGAGAGGAAUGGAGUAUACGGCCGCCGAUUCGAAAUUUCGAUCGUCAUCUCCAUCACCGAUCUGCGACUGUUCGCAUGUAUCCGAACACUCUUAUCCGUACAUCGUCGGUUCGCAGGUAACAGGGAGCUGUCCACCGUACCACGACGUUCCGCAGGAAAACGGAUACCGUCCUCCACACAUCAGCUGUCCAAAGGAAACCGGUAACCGUCCAUCGCCGUCAACCAACUGUCGAACGCAUGAAUGUCCACAUCGACGCACAAUGCCGCCCUGCCGGACAUCACCACCAUGCACGACUUGCCGGACUACGCUGCCACCGUGCAAGAAAUUCCGGACCUUACCACCAUGUACCAGCAAGUGUCAGACCUUUCCACCAUGUACCACCUGCCAGACUAUACCGCCAUGUACUACGUGCCGGACUUUACCACCAUGUACCACCUGCCAAACAUUACCAUCAUGUACCUGCAAGUGUCAGACCUUGCCACCUUGCACCAAGUGCCAGACGCUGCCGCCUUGCACCAAGUGCCAGACGCUGUCAUCUUGCACCACAUGUCGAACGCUCACCUCGUGUACCACAAUACGACCUCUUAAGUUGAAAAUCCUCAGAAGCUUCACCACACGCCGCCGCCGCUGUAAAACAAAACCUUGA